AUGGCGGAUCCAUCAGGCGGGUUCUGCGGCUGCUGCUUCAGCUUCAUAUUCACCCUCGGCCUCACAGCCCUCUCCAUGUGGCUGAGCCUGCGCACCUCCAACCCCAAGUGCACCAUCCACUCAUUUUACCUUCCUGCCCUCAAUCGGACACUAAACGACACCAAAAACACCACCCUCUUCGUCGCUCUCCGGCUCAAAAACACCAACAGUGACAAGGGAGUUUACUAUGACGCCGUCAACCUCACCUUCCGGCUGCUGCCCAAUGCCACCAGCAUGCCCGUAGCAACUUCUGCUGUGCCCCGGUUCUACCAGGGCCGCAAGAAGACGGCCACCAAGAAGGUGAUCGUGGGCCCCCAAGAGGGGCUCAACUGGACGGCGGUGUCCAGUGGGGUCCAUCCCAAUGGGAGUGUGAGUUUCAGGGUGGAUUUGGCCACUGCUGUGAGGUUCAAGAUCAUAUUUUGGAAGACCAAGAGGCACAGGCUGAAUGUUGGGGCUGACGUGCUGGUCAAUGACUCCGGUGCGAAAGUCAGCGAGAAGGAUAUCAAGCUCUCUGCUGCACCAGACCAUCACCUGAUUGGUUUCUUUUCUGGGCAGGUGGGGGUUUUGUCCAAUUUCCUGGUUUUGAUUUUGCUCAAAUUUUUGUGA